AGUUCAUGGGCAAGACUUGAUGAAGAAGGACUCCUGGAAGAGAGGCUGAUCCGACACAUGUGGCAUGACUUCCUUGACCAGUUAGAAGGCUUGUUACAGCUGAUGCAGAAGUUUGACUUGCUUUGUGUCAAGGCACAAUCUUCUGAGAUGCCAGCCGUUGUCGGAUCACCCGAGGAAGGGAAUCGUCUCUUCUACGUACCAUCCCUGCUAAAGAAGCAAGAAGAUGAGAUGAUGUGCAUGGAUCAGCUAAUGAAGUCCAAAUCAGUGGUCAUCCUGUACAUUGACUUCAAUGGGUUCUUGCCUGAAGGUCUCUUCUACCGACUCCUUGUGAGGCUUGUGCAGUGGUCACAGCAUCAGGGAGGCUAUGAGCCUAG